AUGGGCCUAUUGUUCACGCCAAAGCAUCAGAAACUGGUAAACCAGUGCUAUCCGACCGGUAGGACGCCCGACAAGAAACCCAAGUCGUCCGAAACGUCGUACCUGCUAUACUAUGUGAACUCGCGGCGCACGAAGCUGGAGAAGGUUAGCGCAUACCUGGUGAAGCGGACGGCAGCGGACCUGGCGCACCGGCGAAUUGGCAACGUGAUGGUGACGCUGGAGCUGGCUGAAAAGAUAGUGACGAGCUGCAAAGAGAACCUGAAUGUGUUUGUGAAGGAGUUCCUAGACAUCAUGAUCAAGACACUGAGCAACAACAACUUCAAUCUGGAUGUAUGCGUGGUGGAGGCGGCGGAGGCAGUGUUCAGCAGCAUCUGCCAGCACCUGGACGGGGUGUUGUGCAACAGCGACUUGGAGUUCACGCAGAUGUACCGCUCGUUUGUGGACGUGUACUGCCAGGUGGUGACGGAGCGGCUGCACAAUGAUGAGCUACUGAUGAAGGGGUGCCUGGACAUCUCGAAGACGGCGAACCUGGCCGGGAACCCCGGAGUGAGCUCUCUUAUCUCGCGGGGGGUGGAGCUGACGCUUGCAAAGUUCCAGGAGGUGCAGCCGCGCUUCCAGGGCGAGAGUCUGCAGGUGGACCUGCACUCGAGCGAGAAGCGGCUGUCGCGCUCGCAGACGCACCUGACUGCCGCGGAGGAGUCGCGCGUAUUGGGCGGAUACCCGGAGCAGGCGCUGCAGUCCUACUUCAGCACGACAGAGACAGACAAGUUGUCGAUUGCGAUACGGGCGCUCAUCAAGCGUCUGCUCGAAGUGCCGAACAAGGAGCUGCUGCAGUACAUUGCGAACACCAUUCCUGUACAACUCCGGUACAUCCUGGUCCUCGUCUUCACGCACGCGUUGAACCAGGAGGAUGAACACGCAGUUGUUCUUCUCAAGCUAAUGACGACUCUACUUGUUUCCGACGUCAGUAUCAUUGGCCUCAGCGUCCUGGACCUGUUGCGGAAAAUCAUCAAUUUCCAGCUAGCCAGUGCAACAUCCCCUCAGGUGACCGAGGCCUGCACAAACACGAUAUCCGCAUUGAACCGCAAGACUUACUACAAGGACCAGCCUAUCGACAUGAUCUCAGAACUUCUUCUCAAGCUGAAGGAGCAUCCCGGUCAGCGGGAGAAGGAUAUCCUAAUUUCAGACUUGCAGGCUGUGCUACAAACUGUCGGUCAGCCGUUUAUGACCCUUGAGUUAUUUCUGGAGCUGGCACCCUACGUACCGGACCGGUUAGAGCUCUUCAGCCUUGUCACUGACAAACUCCCUGGCGGAUUUGUCAUGAACAAGUUUUUCCUGUUCCUCGUAGCCCUGGAGUCGCCAGGCGAGCAGGAGAAGUUGCUUGAUGAUGCAUUUGCGAAAUACAAGAACUUCACGCUCUUGUCUGGCCUAAUCUAUUUCCUAGAGGAGGGAAACACGCCAUCGAACUUGUACUACUGCUACCAUACCAAAGCCGCGCGCUUCUUAGAAUUUGAUGACUACCAUUCACAAGCCCAAUACAAGCGACAGGAACGCGAAAUCUUCACCCGCAACGACCUGGUUAAUUACUACUCCGACCCAGGCUGUAAUCGGUACGCCGAAAAGGGGCUUCGGAUAUUAAUUUCUCAGAAUACACGCGUUUCUACGACCGACCUAACGGAGACACCACCAGAAGGUGAGUUACAGAUACCCGAUAUCCCAUUGCCGCCAACACCGCCGACACCACAACAGCAUCGGAUGUUCUUGAAUAGCGAUGCUUCUGUUAAGUCCCUGGACAAGAUGAAGUCACCGAAAGUUAGCGACCUAAAACGCGCUGCGCGCGGUAUUCGCGUGGCGCCAUCCCAUAGCUCAUUGCGCGCAUCUCAGUCAGUAAAAUCUCGUGUUACCAACAUUACCUUUCUGUUGAACGAGCUGAAUAACGAGAGCCAGGAAACAGGCAUUUACGAUCCUGAAGAGGAAGAGGUUGUGGGCCUGGAGAAAACGGACCUUGCUCGCUCUAUCUCUGCAAAAGUCAGUCCCGCAAUUGCCUACUCCUCCAAGCGCUUUGGUAACCUAACCUCGUCCCUCGAUCUCGAGCUGCAGGAAGAUGCUUUUCAAGACGCUUCUGGCGAAAUCGAAGCGUCCAGUGCAUUUCGCGGCAAAUUGUUUUCAUCCUGA